AUGUCUGAAAUUGGUGAAGCCAGCACCACUACUCCCAAUCCCCCUCCUCCACAAGAUGUUGUCCCUCAACAAGGUCAACUUCCUCAACAGCCCGCUGCCGCCGCCGCUCCGCAACCCACUGCCCCUGCGGUGAACUCUGCAGGUGAAAAUUUGCAAUGUCAGUGGCAAGCCUGCGGCGAACGCUGCACCUCACCAGAAGCCCUCUAUGUAAGUCGAUCAUUCUCCAUCACCACUCAUUUCGAUCCAUCUAAUCGGCAACAGGAACACGUUUGUGAACGUCAUGUUGGUCGCAAGUCGACUAACAACCUCAACCUCACCUGCGCAUGGGGUCAGUGCCGCACCACCACGGUCAAGCGCGACCAUAUCACCUCUCACAUCAGAGUUCAUGUGCCCUUGAAACCUCAUAAAUGCGAGUUCUGCGGCAAGGCUUUCAAGCGGCCCCAAGAUCUCAAGAAGCACGUCAAGACACAUGCUGACGACAGUGUGAUCAUGCGCUCUCCAAACUUGGAGCCCAAUGGUGGACAGCGUCAACCUCAGAAUGGCAUGCCCUCGGGCGCAGACUACAACGCUUCCUACUAUGGUCAUCCUCUGACGGGUCAAGUUCCUCCCAAUUACUAUGCACCUGCCAUGCCUGGUCCUGCCGACUACGCUGGUCAACAUCAUCCCAAUCAGUAUUAUCAACCUCACCCUCAGGCUGGCGCUCACCCAGGCUAUGGUCCAGUGACAUACUACAGCACUGCCCCUCAAACCACCUACGAUUUCGAAACCCGCAAGCGUGGCUAUGAUGCUCUUGAUCACUUCUUCGGCCAGGUGAAGCGUAGAGAGCUCGACCCAAUCAAUUUCCACAACGUCAGCCGUCGCCUUUUUGAGCUUCAAGGUCUUCAACUUCCUCAAAUCAUUCCAUCUGCUGUCUCGGUUCCGGCCUACCAGCCUGUCUCGCUUGGUGGAGCGUACGAUCAUGCCGAUCCUAUUCAAGCUUACAGCUUGCCUCCUAUGGGCAAUGCAAAGACUCGUGAAGACUUGACCUCGAUUGAUCAAAUUCUUGAGCAGAUGCAAGCCACCAUCUAUGAAAACGACAACCACUUGGCUCAGAAUGGUGUUGCACAACCUGGUGCGAGCUAUGUGGCUUACAGAACAAGCAAUAGCCCACCCAGCUCUCAUAUGCCAUCUGCCGCUUCUCACAGCACCCCUUCAUCCAUGCUUCAACAUCAUCACCAGGGCAGCAUUGCCAGCGCGACUGAUGCAAGCACUCCAGGACUUACUCCACCAUCUUCUGCUCAAAGCUACACCUCCGGUCAAAGCCCUCUACAGGGUCAUGCUGCACCAUCCACCAGCGCCAUGUACCCUACUUUGCCAUCCAGUGCCAGUGAUAUUGCUUAUGCUGCUGCCAAUGCUGCAACUCUCAGUGGGAUGUAUGACAGCGAAGAUCACCGUCGGCGUUACAGCGGUGGCAUGCUGCAACGCGCUGCUCCUGCACCUGGCAAAGAUGACAUGGAUAUCGCUAGUGAUGGAUCUGUCACCCCCCCUGCCUCUGCUAUGAAUAAACAAGCCAAGGGCAAGGGUAAAGCUUCGCCAGAAGAAAGUGUCAUUGACCCAGCACUCAGCGCUGAUGCCAGUACCCCCAAGAGCGACUCCAAGGAAGCCGAUCAUGAACAAGUUUGGGUCCAGAACAUGCGACUCAUCGAAUGGAUGCGGGAAUUUAUCAAGAAGAGACUCGAACGUGGAGAUUUCGGAGAUGUGGAAGGCAAUGAGUCUGACGUCAAAGACGAGGGCAAUGUUGACACUGAUAUGUCAGGCACUGACGACCACAAGGACAAGUCUGAUCAGGAACAACUUUACCCUGUUCUUCGACACGUCGAGGAGAGUGUAUGA